AUGGGCAAACAUCCCAGUGGUCAGCUGUGCAGCACCUGUGGAGACGUGUGGAGGCGGAGCCACAGCUGCCCCGGCAGCCUGCGGCCUCACGCCUGCAGCGGCUGCAGCCGCAGGUUCAGCUCUGAGUCGUCUCUGCGCGUGCACAGCGCCGUGCACUCGGCCUCGCACCAGGUGCGCUGUAAGUUCUGUAACGUCGGCUUCAAAACCAAAGCGGAGAAAGUGCGGCACGAGCGCAGCCACCUGCGGCAGAGCGCCCCCUACCUGUGCCCCAGCUGCCCACGCGGCUUCACCAGCUACAGGCUGCGCGCCGCGCACAAGAAGGAGCACGUGGACAAGUACAAGUGCGGCGUGUGCGGCCUGGGCUUCUUCGAGGAGCAGCACUUCUUGCGCCACACGGCGGUGCACACGGGAGAGCGCCCCCACGUGUGCGACGUGUGCGGCGCCGGCUUCAAACAGAGCACGCACCUGAAGUCGCACACGCGGCUGCACACCGGCGAGCGCCCGUACCGCUGCCCACACUGCGACCGCGCCUUUAACCACAACGCCUCCAAGCGGGCGGCCACGGGGACGGCCGAGGAGGAGCGCAGAGAAGGAUACGGAGGAGGCGCAGGAGGAGGAGGUGCCCGGCGCCUCGAGCCGAACACAGGCUCUGAUCCAGAAGCUCCACACUGA